UAAAAAUUUGAAAAGAAAAUAUUUAUGCCAUUACCUCAAUAUCAAUCGUUUUAAUAGUUCACUUCAAAGUUAGACAAUCAAUUUUAAUAGAGAAAAAGAACCUGUUUCUAAGUCGCUGAAUUCGUGAUCAAUUUCGAUUUCUAUAAUGGACUCUAGAAAUUUGUAUUCUUUUAUUAUUUCCCUUUACUUGACACUUACUUUAGCAAACUCUCUCAGUCAUGCUCAUUUUAAUGUCGCGCCAAUAAAAUUAACAAAAACCGUAUCGCUCGAAAAUUUCAAAAAUUCCCAAAAACCACAAUUUUUGGACACAAUUGAUGAGGAGAUAAAUUUUUGGUCAAUUCCCCAACAAGAAGAAAAGCAUCAUUCUACAAAAGUGGAACGCUUCUCUAAACUCUACGAAGGAGAAUCCAAUUUAAUAGAAAAUCAAUCUUCUAUAAAUCCUAUAAAUUUUUCCACGUGGUUUGGAUUGCCCAAUAACUUGUCGAAAUAUGUUCCAAAAACAGGUAAAGCACUGGAUUCGAAAAUUUUUCAUCAAAAUUCAGAAAAAUUGUUGUCCGAGAAAUAUCCAGAGAUCGAAAAAGUUGUCAAUGUGAAAAAUUCAGCAGAAACCAAAAAUGAUAUUGACAUAAGUGAUCUUAUGAUUCUGGAUGAAUUGAGCGAAAAAUUAAAUGAUAAAUCUGUUUCACUUCAGUCACAAAAGGAAUUUUUUCCUAAACUCUUUUCUCCAAGUGGUGAUAUUUUCAAAAAUUCUUAUCUGAAAAAUGAAUUUGGAAAAAAAAAUUUAUUAAAUAAGGAAGAAGAGAAUUCAGUGGAGAGGGUUGAAAAUAAUAGUUAUAAACGAAAGGAGGUUGAUUUUGAUGAAAGUAAAAUUCAGAAAAAGCCUAAAGAUAUUUUCAGUCUUGAGAGUAAAAAUUCUGCUUUUUUGUUUAAGGAUCUAAAAAAUAUUCCAGGUGACAAUUUUUCUCAGGCCUUUGGAAAUCUUUACAAAUCUGAAAGUUCUGUUGAAGUUCCCAAAUUUUCGGUCUUUAAACAUUUAAAACAACCAAAACAUUCGGUUGCUGCAAUGACUUCAGUUUUCUUUUCACCGAGCAGGCAGAAUCACUUUAAGGAAAUGAGAUUGCAUGACGAUGACGCUGUCGAUUUUGAAAUGCCUAGAAAAAUAUUCAAGUCAGCAGGAAAACUUUUUUUCAAUAGAAAUUUUACGUCUGAUAAUAAAAAGGAAUCUGUAUUAAAUGAAUGGAAUCAAAAUGAAGAGAAGAAAGAUUUAAAAUCUAAAAAGGAAACUGAAAAAAGAAUUUUAAACGUUCCUGCAAAUUAUCCAGUUCUCUAUCAAUUUUUAGAAAAGUUUAGCGAUAAAAUUUUUGGAGCUGCAUUGAAAUAUGAACUAUUCAAUCAUUAUGAAAAUGAAAACUCAACAAAAUAUUAAAAUAAAUGUGUUCUUCACUAAAAUUUACAUCCUGCAAUUUUUCAAAAUAUUUAACAUUUUAACA